GGAGCGCGGCGGCGGCGGCGAGAGGGAAGGCGAUGGCGAGAGGCGAUAGCUGCUUGACGCGGGUCGCGGUCGGAGUCGGCGUCGGCGGCGCGGUCGGUGGAGCAGUCGGUGCUGUCUAUGGGACCUAUGGCGCUCUCAGAUACAGGAUCCCGGGGUUGCUGAAGAUCAGACACAUUGGACAAGCGACUGUUGGCAGUGCAGCGCUGUUUGGGCUUUUCCUGGGAGCUGGAAGCUUGAUACAAUGUGGGAAAAACUAUUAGUUUGCGUUCUAAGUUUUGGACAGUACUUCUGGUUUUAGGUUUCAAAUGACCAUCUGAUGUCUAAAGAACAAUCGAAUUCUGCCAUUAUUUACCCAUUCUCGACUCUUGAUAUGUUUGUCCUACUUUUGGAGUGGAAAUAAAAGAUUGUCCAUCUUUAUUAAGAUUGUAGCUUUUGGAAGCAUCCCUGGUCAAAAACUAGUUUGUUGUAAACAUUGGUCCUUCAAGUUUGUGUGAUUUUGUCCCUGCAA